AUGCCGUUGACCUCAGGUUCGAUGCGCCUGUUUUAUUCAACUUUAAACUUAUUCAAAAGACAACUUAAUACAUCUCAAUGGGGUGAAGGUUCAUCUGAUGUCACGAAGGUGACGAGUCGGGAUAAAAUGAUUGCUUGGGCAGAUUCAAACAGUCAGAACACUCCGACCAGCAGCAGAUAUUCCUCAGUAAAAACAGAAAACGAGAACGUAAUAAUCUUCUCGGAAACUCCGCAACCAUAUUCCGGAAAUUUGCCAAGGAUCAAGCAAACCGACUAUUCCGAAAAGGAUGAAAUAGACCUCAGUUAA